AUGUCUCAGGGGAGAAAACAUAGUAAAACACACUCAACUUACGCUUUUGAAUCAAAUACAAAUAAUGUCGCAGCUUCUCAAAUGCGUAAUGCUUUGAAUAAGUUGGCGGACUCAGUUAAGGACGAGAAAGUUAGAUUUAAGUUUGAGAAUGAGUUAGAUUCUUUCUUCACUUUAUUCAGGAGGUACUUAGCAGAAAAAUCCUCUGAUAAUACAUUAGAGUGGGAAAAAAUCAAGUCACCAAAUGCAGAUGAAGUUAUCAGUUAUACCGAAAUUUCGCAACAACCUGAGAGUGUUGAAAAUCUAUCUAAGUUAGCUGUUUUGAAGUUAAAUGGUGGUCUUGGAACUUCUAUGGGAUGUGUUGGUCCAAAAUCUGUUAUUGAGGUGAGAGAUGGAAAUACCUUUUUGGACCUUUCUGUUCGUCAAAUUGAAUACUUGAACAGACAGUAUGACUCCGAUGUGCCACUAUUGUUGAUGAACUCCUUCAAUACCGAUGCUGACACCGAACACCUGAUUAAGAAGUACUCUGGAAACAGAAUUAGAAUAAGAUCCUUCAACCAAUCUAGAUACCCACGUGUGUUUAAGGACUCUUUAUUGCCUGUUCCACAAGAUUAUAAGGAUGCUUUGGACUCAUGGUAUCCACCAGGUCAUGGUGACUUAUUCGAGGCCUUGCAUGCAAGUGGUGAAUUGGACGCUUUGUUAGCACAAGGCAGAGAAAUCUUGUUUAUUUCCAACGGAGAUAACUUGGGUGCUACUGUUGACUUGAAGCUUUUGAACCAUAUGAUUGAGACUGGUGCCGAGUACAUUAUGGAAUUAACCGACAAGACGAGAGCCGAUGUUAAGGGUGGCACACUAAUUCACUACGAAGGACAGGUCCGCUUAUUGGAAGUCGCACAGGUUCCAAAAGAACAUAUUGAUGAAUUUAAGAACAUUAGAAAGUUCACCAACUUCAACACGAACAAUUUGUGGAUCAACUUGAGAGCUGUGAAGAGAUUGGUGGAGUCUUCUGCCUUGACUGUGGAAAUUAUUCCAAACAAAAAAACGAUUAACAGAAAUGGCAAUGAAAUCGACGUCCUGCAACUUGAAACCGCCUGCGGUGCUGCUAUCAGACACUUCAAAGGCGCUCACGGUGUGGUCGUUCCCAGAUCCCGUUUCUUACCUGUCAAGACCUGCUCAGACCUGCUAUUGGUGAAAUCAGAUCUGUUCUAUUUAGAACAUGGUGCUCUAAAGCUGGAUCCUUCCAGGUUCGGUCCUAAUCCGCUAAUCAAGCUGGGCUCCCACUUUAAGAAGGUGUCCGGUUUUAACGCACACAUUCCUCAUAUCCCAAAGAUUGUUGAACUAGACCAUUUAACCAUCACCGGUAACGUCUUCUUAGGCAAGAAUGUCACUCUUAAGGGCACUGUCAUUAUAGUCUGCUCUGAUGGCCAAACAAUUGACAUUCCAAAUGGUUCUGUAUUGGAGAACGUGGUGAUCACUGGUAACUUACAAAUUUUGGAACAUUAA